AUGGGUGGCGGUGGUGAUAGCGGUGUGUCAAUAGCGUUGGGGGUACCGCUGGUGGUGGUGGGUGUUGGUGGUGGCAAUGGAGAUGGUUAUAACGGUGGUGAUGGUGGUUGUGGUGGUGGAGGCAGUGGUGCUAGUGGCGGUAGGGUGGUGGUUGCGAUGGAAGUGGUGGUGGCAGAGGGAGAUGGUUGCGGCAAUGAUGGUGGCGUAGGGAGACGGUGGUGGUGGCAAUGGGUGGUGUUGGUAGGUGGUGGCGGUAGUAGUAGCGAUGGCGGUGAUGGAGGUGGUGAUGAGGGUGGUAGUAGAGUUGGUUGUGGUGUUCAUAGUGGUGGCAGUGUUGUAGGGCAGUGGCGAAGGAUGGUGGUGGCGGUGGAUGAUGGUGGUGUUGGAGGUGGUGGUGUUGAUGAUAGAAGUGGCGGUGACGACGGCACAACGACGACAGUGGUGGUGGUGGUUGUGGCAGUGUAUUAA